UUCAAGAUGAGCAGAAACCAAAUCAGAGACUGGUCUCCAAAAAGAAAAAAAACAGUCUAUAAUACUGAUUGAUCUUCAAGAUACUGAUUGAAAUCCACCUUCGACAGCAAUUGUCCAGACUAUGGCUAAAGACGGAUUGGCAGAGGCGGGCUGUUAUUUUGAUGAACUCAGCAAGCUGCGUGCACUCGAGCCAGAUGUCAGCCAAAAGACAGCAGAGCUCAAAGAAGACUGUAAAGAAUUUUUGGACAAAAUCGUGCAGUUUCUGAAGAUAAUUGGAGGUCUCAUGGACCUAGUGGAUGAGUUGGCAAACGAGACAGAGAAAGAAAAGUUGAAGGCCCUUGGAACAAGAAAUCUCCUGAAGUUUGUGGCAAAGCAAAGGGAGGCCCAGCAACAGCAACUUUCAGCUCUCAUUGCAGAGAAGAUUAUGCAACUUAAACGAUAUCGCAUUGAGUAUGAAACCCUGUGCAAAGUAGAAGCGGAACAAAAUGAGUUCAUUAACCAGUAUAUUUUGCAGAAGUGAUAAUGACUGUGACUAGCAGAAGUACUGACAAUUCCACCCUGUGUCUGGAAAAACACCCAUUAACAUUUUUGCUGAACUGUUUACUCAUCAAAUUGUUUCCAUAUUUUUGUACUUUACAAAUUAUGGAAUAGUUUCUGGAUAUAUUUUAUCUCGAUUACAUGAAGACAAGUCAAAUUAACAAAUGAGGACCCAGGUUGUGUUCAGAAUAUAUUGUGUAAACAAAUAACAUACAUAGUCUGCUCACAAGGAUACCAAAAUCGAAAGAACACCUCCCAUUGCAGUGCUUUAAAAAAAAAAAAGGAAAUCGCCGGAAAAAAACAUUUGCUUAAUUGUUUAAGACAAAGCAACCACACAGACAUUUAAUUUAGCAAAUCGGAUGCAGGAAAGUAAUUUCUUGAGAGCCAAUAGUAAGAACAAAGCCAAGAGUGAAGUGGAAUUUUGAGGAUGGAAAUAACAUUUUAUAUGCAGUGGACCUGGCGAACAUCCAGUUUGGCAGUCUGCGGAUUUGUUUUCAAAUUUGGUCAAAAUGUUUUUCACAUUUUUCCUUUUCUUUAUUCCUUUUUUUGAUGGGAACCCUGAAAAUACUUAAUGACAGUUUAUUCACACUUGAGCUUUUUAUCCAGUUUAAUAAAUCUAAAAAUACAUUUUCCAAAUGCAACUAUAAUGGCUGUCAAUCAUCCACAGAUUUUCAAAAUUCGUAGUCCUACCCAGUUCCUACUCCCCAAAAAUAGCAGGGGCACACUUAUGCAUACAAUGAUGUGCUACAAAAAUGUAACAAAAGAGACAACUUUUGUUAAA